ACAUAGGAGCAAUGUGUGUGCUCUCCAGAGAACACGAUGUAUCGACGGCGUCGUGUUGGAGUGCGCAUGUUACAUGGUUCUCGCGCAGCUCGCAAAAGGGAGGAAGCGAAGGGAUAUUCAUCGGCCGGCCUAUAUAGGACGGUGGAGCAUGCGACGGCCGUCAACAAUCGCUCGUACCAAAGACCACCGACAGUAUGGCCGAUUCUGCUGCAGCCACGUAUCUCAUCGACUACUACAGAACUACACUUGUUGAGAAAUCAUCGAUGGCCGGGAUGUUAGCACUUAUGCUAUACGAACUAUGUAUCACUUUCGACCGAGAGGCGGGGCUCUUCUGGAACAUGCCUUUCAGUCGAACAACGGCAAUCUUCCUCCUCAACCGGUAUUCGUCCCUGCUCAAAUACCCGGUGAGCAUGAUAUCGUACCGCUCUACGAUGUCGGAGACGAGUUGCAACGCCCUCGUUCGCGCUGGCCAGACCCUGGAGAUCAUACCCUACUUUGUAUGGGCCAUAUUCUCGGCCAUGCGCAUCCGCGCGAUCGCCGACCGCAAUAUAAUGUUAUUUUUCCUCGUGUUUGUGCUGCUUUGCGUGCCGGUUGGCACCAACCUGUAUUUGUUCGCUAUCUCAGUCCCCGACACUGUUGGUGAUCCUGUAGGGUGCAUCGCCAUCGCAGCUGU